AUGCCUGCCGCAGCAAAGAAGAGGUCUACUCCCGUCCGGAUCUCGCCAAUCAAGUCCGAAGAGUGCUCGCAGUCGCCAUCAGCUAGUGAGGGUAUCUCCACGGGGUCUGCAGACAAGAACCAGCUCAAGUUGCACAAGCGAUCUCGCUCUGGUUGCUUUACAUGUCGCCUGCGCCGAAAGAAGUGCGACGAGAAGCAUCCCUCCUGCGGAGCCUGUGUGAACCUAUGUGUGAAAUGCGAAUACAAACGCCCUAUCUGGUGGGGAAACGCAGAGCAACGGAGGAUCCAGAAGGAACGCAUCAAGAACAAGAUCAAGCAGACCAAGAUGCAUGAGCGCAAUGGUGCUCUGACAGGUAUGUCGUGGUUAUCGGAACCUGAUCGUUCCCCCCUCUGACAGGCUAUUGCGCUGCACUUAGAUCCCGCCGCUCGUAGUCGCAGUAUGGCUGUGACUUCCCCAACCUCUCCGGAAUAUGAAUUUGGUCGCCCUGCCUUUCCGGAGCAGUAUGACAUCUUCGCUUCACACCUUCCCACUCCGGCCAUGAAUCAACCUAUCUAUGCCCCAACCCACCCCUAUGAGAUCGAUGUGAAGACUGAAAGACAGACUUUUGUGAACGAUGUCCCCUUGCGCCACGACUCAUGCAGUUCGACCUUCAGCACCUUUGCUCCGCCGCAGUUGAAUGCCCCGCUUCCGACAUUUCCCAGUGAAGACUGGUUCCACGACGAGUACUUCGCUCAAGUGCCUGCCCUUCCUGGAAUCGACCCGGCGCUUUGUGAGCAGAGUAUCGGCCAGACGUACGCCAUGCUCCAGUCCAAUAUCCCAGUUAGCGAUCAUGAUCGGCCGCUCCUCGACCACUUCAUUCACAAUGUCUUGCGCAUCAUCUUUCCCGUCUUGGAGGCACAUCAGCGUGGACAUCUCCGAGCCCAGGCCAUUCUGCAAGCCUUGGAGACAAAUAAGUGCUACCUCCACUGCUGUUUGAGUGUUGCCGCCAUCCAUCUCAAGACCACGGAAGGACUCGUCGGAGAACAGAUCGACCACGAUAUCAUGCGCAAUCGCUUCGAGGCUGUUUCGCAACUAUGCCUGGCAUUGGGUGAAGACACCAACCACGAGGAGAUCCUAGAUGCGACGCUAGCCAUGAUUUUCUUCCACUGCUCCGUGGGCCCGGCGGAUGAUUACCUCCCGGAUAUUCCGUGGUUCGAGCACUUCCAGGCUGCCUCAAACCUUGUGCAUCGGCUUGGGCUUCCGACGGCAAUUCCCGCCUGCGGGAACCCGUACAUGCUACCCCCCUUCACCAUGACUCUGGCUUCGUGGAUUGACAUUCUAGGAUCGACCAUGCACGGCAAGACUCCGGAAUUCGCACACACCUACCGCGCCAAGCACCUCAGCGGUUCAUCUCUGGGACUCCGCGAGCUCAUGGGCUGCGACGACCGUGUCAUGUACCUGAUUUCCGAGAUCACCUGUCUGGACGCACUCAAGAGGGACGGCAGGAUCGAUGAGAUGGGCGUGUGUUCGCAUGUCUCGGCUCUGGGGCAGCAACUAGAAUUCACAGAACCGGUGAAUCAGACUCUCGAAAGCCCAUUCCUACCAAACGGAGCCUUUUCUCCCGAGAUUCUCACCAAGAACAUCACGGCCGCUUUCCGCCUCGCAGCAAGAAUCUACUUGUGCAGUCUGGUUCCUGGGUUUGACCGAAACCAACCGAGUACCGUCAAUUUGGUCGCCGCCGUCGCCAAUGUUCUCUACGUCAUCCCUUCGGGCCCCGAAGGCUUCGACCGCUCGCUCGUUUGGCCAAUCCUGAUCGCUGGAGCAUACUCAGGACCUGAUAGCCACUUCCGCACCGUUCUCGCCGAUCGAGCUGCUGCUCUUGGCGAGCACGCCGAACUGGGUAGCUUUGGCCGCAUGUACCGCGUCCUGAAGGAGGUAUGGCAGCGACGGUCCUCGUCCGCCUCCUCAUCCUCCGACGCUCCUGUGAAGGCUGAGGGCUCCGAGUCUCCCAAGGAGGGCCUCGUGCCAUGGGGUGCGAAGGAGAUGAAAAAGCCAUUCCUACACUGGCGCGAGAUCAUGCAGCAGAAUGGCUGGGACUACCUUCUUCUUUAA